CCAUCUCUCCCCUCCCCUUGUUGAAAAUGGAGUUCGAUUAAAGCAGAUGUCCGCGAACUUCAGAGUUACAAAAACUGCCUGCCUUUUUUAAUAUUUAAAACAUCGUCGGUGAACAUUUGUGGAUUAAAAACAAACGUGGCUUCACCCCCUCCCUUCCUCCCUCCUUUCUUCCCUUCCUCCAUUUUUCCUAUCGCGGACAUUACUCGGACACGUUGGCGGAGCGAGGCUGUUUUUUUCUCUCUUUUAACAACAAGGACGCUUUUUCAAGUGUUGUCCCGGCGGCGGACAUCAACUUGGCGAAUGGAUGCUCGACAGCCCGACGCGAAUAAGCUGGCAAACAUUACAGGCUUUAACAUUUUCUGCGUUUUUUGAGGAUAUAACACGUCUUUUCCCCCCCGCAUCAAUCGCCUUGGGGGCUGUGGUUGUUAAAGAAGAUGGCUAAUUUUGUGUCGGAUUUGACUUCCAGGGAGGAGAAAUUGUCAUUCCUCCUAGCGAUCGGCGGCUAAGGCUAGCAGCACUUCUUUUUUUCUUUUAUCGUUCUCGUAUUGGCUCGUUUUAAACCUCACACCCCACCACAGAUGAUACUAAACUAAACUAAACACGGCUUGGUUGUACAUGUGAAGGAAAAUGGUGAAUUUUGUGCUGUUUUGCAAUGCGCCGUCGAUGCUAUUGCUAGGACUCGGAUCUCCGUGAGGAAGAAAAUGAGUGAAGAUUCAACAAAUCCAAACAACGAUGACAGUUAUGCGCGAGUGAGAGCAGUGGUCAUGACGCGGGAUGACUCCAGCGGUGGGUGGCUUCCCCUGGGCGGCGGAGGCCUUAGCUGCAUUACCGUCUAUAAGGUCAACCGGGCGGAGGACAGCGGCAGCACCCACAGCAGCGGCAACAACAGAGGGAGCACCGGCAACCUCAGCCCCUGUAGCUCCAGUCCAACUCCCAGCCCCAGUCCCAGCCCGAGCCCCAGCCCCACAGCGGUGGAGUUCUACAUAAAGGGCGAGAGGCUCAAAGACAAACUGGUGGUGCUGGAGUGUGUCCUGCAGGAAGGCCUAGUAUACAACAAGGUCAACCCCAUCUUCCACCACUGGAGGAUCAACGACAAGAAGUUCGGGCUCACCUUCCAGAGCCCUGCCGACGCUCGGGCCUUUGAUCGAGGCAUACGCAGGGCCAUAGAGGACAUCAGCCAAGGCUGCAAGCCAUUUGGUGAAGGGGAUGCUCCUGAGGACGGAAUACCAGCAUGUGAGGAGCCUCCCUCCAUCUGUACCCCCAUGAAGGAGCCCUUCUCCCCACUGAACAAUGUUGUCUCCACGGAGCCCUUCCGAGGCUGCUAUGUACGCGCUCAGCCCUUCGACGAGUUUCCCUCCAGCAACCGCCGCUACCUGCCGCCCCAGGUGUCAUUCAAGUCGACCCGCCACGUCAGCUUUCACAUGGACGAAGAGGAGAUUGUUCGCAUCAACCCCCGGAAGGACGUGCUCAUCCGCGGCUACGAGGACUACCGCCACCCGGUCAUGUGGAAGCAGGAGUCAGAACGCGAGGACCUGGACUUUCCCGCCACCUUCCACAAACUGGACAGUAAGAAGUGCGAGUACCUCUUCCCGGACGGCCCCGGCGGGGACUCCCACUUGGGCCCCGGUCUGGGCAUGGGCACGGGCAUGGGGCUCGGCCUGGGCAAGGACACGGCCAUCAAGACUCAGCCCUCGCCGCUGCUGAAAUCCAAGAAGGGUCGGCGGCGGCGGGAGGACGGUGAGCGCUCACGCUGCAUCUACUGCCGGGAGAUGUUCAACCACGAGGACAACUGGCGGGGGCAGUGCCAGGACGCCCCCGACCCCAUCAAGCAGUGCAUCUACAAAGUCAGCUGCAUGCUGUGUGCCGAGAGCAUGCUCUACCACUGCAUGUCCGACUCGGAGGGCGACUUCUCGGACCCGUGCUCGUGCGACACCUCUGACGAGCAGUUCUGCCUGCGCUGGCUCGCCCUGGUGGCGCUCUCCUUCAUUGCGCCCUGCAUGUGCUGCUACCUGCCCCUGCGGGCCUGCCACCACUGCGGCGAGGUGUGCCGCUGCUGCGGGGGCAAGCACAAGGCGGCCGGGUGACCCCGCGCCUGCCCUCUGGGACACCCUCAAAGCUAGCUAACACAGGAAGUGGAUCAAAGCAGAUCAAUUCAAAGCCGGCAUCCUUUUUUCAUUCCCCUCUCAGACGGGGCGAUGUUGAUCGCCAGCUCUGAGAGCUUUUGGUGAUUUCAGUUUGCGUUUGUCGCCGACGAGCUGCAGCGGAGGACAAACUUAAGCUUUUGCGGGGGGCAUCAAGCUAAGUCCAGGAGCUUCAUCUGAGGACGUGAGGAGACGAAGAUUAACAGACUUGGAGAUGUUACUAAACGCACCUGUAUACACACACACACACACACACACACACACACACACACACACACGCACACACACAUGCAUUGACAAACCACAGGUCUGAACUCAACUGCAAGAAAUGUGUAAACUUUAUGAAGGAGUCUUUGUCUUUUGUACAGACAAAAUUACAACAAAACUAUCCAGAAAAAUAACUUGCUGUUUAAGUAUGCUAAAAGGGAUUCGUUCUUGCUUUUUUUUUGUGAAGUUGCAGUCGGGUAACAGUGGCCUUUCCCUUCAUGUCAGUGUAAUUAGUAGGCAGGACAUACGCUCACGAGACUUGGCGUUUAUCUAACCCCCUCCCUCCCAUUAGGUGUUAUUCUGUGUAGUGGAUCCAUGGCCACUGUAUUCCUUCUUUCCUUCAAACCUCACGUAGACCAUUUGAUUGCAUUCCAAAAAAAUAAAGGGACUCAUUCCAUUGUUGGAAGGGAAAAAUGGUAAUUUACCAUACUGACUUUCCCUCAAAGGUACAAAAAACAUAGAUUAGAUCAAUAUGCCUUUUUUUUGUUUUUGUUUGUUUUAGCUGAAUUAUAUACCGCUGUAGGUCCAUUCUCCUGUUCAGAUUCAAAGUUUUGCUCAACCAGCAAGUUUUUGUUUUGGUGAGUAAAGGGUGACAGUGCUCCUAUUCGGAAAACACGACCAGGCACUUAAACUUUAUUAAAUAAAAGCACUGCCCUCCAAUGCUUCGGUUGCUGCACCCUCUCCAAAAAAAAAAAAAAAAAAAAAAAAAAACAAGUCCCGCGUUUGUCCCACAAUCACUUCUUUUUAGUUUUUUUUUUUUUUUUUUUUUUUUUUUUUGCAGCCUUCCUCCCUCUUCAUGUCUCGAGUCCACUCCUUCAUGUGUCUUCGUUUAAUAAGCCCUGGAUGAAUGAGUGCAUUGUUUCAGGAAUGUUCAGUAUCUCAGCUAUUAAAUACAUACAGAUGGCGCGUGUGCGUGCGUCGGUCUUUAUGCACUGGUAACGUCCUGACGUUGACGACUCUUUGGACAGUGACUUUGACUGACCAGCGUCCUCUUUUGUAAAGGAAUAGUUACUCUCUUCUUUGUUUUUGGGAGAUAUAGAACCAUAAGUCCACCAGGAAGCUAGCAAGCUAUUUAUGAGCACACUUUGGAAUAAUCCAACUUCCUGGGGCACAGUACUGUUUUGUUGGCUUCUUAACAGAGCUUGAAAUACCAGGAAAGUUACCAGGGGUACAUAUUGUCUUUUUUUUUUUUUUUUUUUUUUUUUUUACAGCUCAAUUCCUGUGCAGAUUAUUCAUACGUUUAUUGA